AUGGCCGCGCGCCGCGCCGCGCCGGUGCUCGCCGUGCUCGGCGGCGCGUGCGCGAGCUAUUACGCGGCCGAGCGCCUCAAGGUCGCGGACAGAGCGCGGCUCGAAGCCCAGGCCGGGACGUCCCGUUCCUCCUCCCACUCCUCGUCCUCGUCCCGGUCCCCGUUCACGUACCCCGAGCUGACGAGAUGCCUCGAGGCGCGCGCGGCGCAAGAGCGCAAACUCCGCGCGUACGUCGAGAAGACCGCCCCGCUCGUCGCGACCGCGCGCGCCGCGAUCGACGACGCCGCGCGAAGAAACGACGCGGUCGCGUUGCGCGGCGCGCGGCAUCGUUUCGCGGUCCUGAUGGGUCGAGUGCACGACGAGUCCGACGCGAUCACGUGGAACGGCGCGGCGAACGCGGCGAGCCGCCCGGCGUUCGUCGCGAAAUACGGCUGCGUCGCGUGGACGGACGAAGCUCUGGACGAGAUCGCGUCGCACGCGCCGAUCGUCGAGAUCGGCGCGGGGUUGGGGCAGUGGCAGCGCGCGCUCACGCGCGAGAGACGCGUCGACGUCGCCGCGUUCGACGAUCACAGCGCGCUGCCUCUGCCUAACCGCGUUCAUCAGGCGCGUUCUGUACACUGGUUCCCAUACGACCGCGUCGGCGUGGUGAACGCCGUUUCUUAA